GCCCACAUAUUACAGCUUAGUUCAAGGGAAUUCUACCUCUUUGAAUCACAGUCUGGACCUGAUGCCGGCUAUACUAACUAUUGGUACUACUGGCAAGAUAAUAGCAUUGAAGGGAAUGAAAAUGUGAUUCAAAAAUACCAGAAGAACCGACAAUCUCCAAGACAAUUUUUUGCUGUUGCAAGUAUUCCAAGAUCUUCUCUCAUCCUUGGAAACUGUGUGAAACCAUCCCCCUAGAAAAAUUCCAGAAUAUGUCUCUGACGUCAGCUUGGGAAUGAAAAUGUGAUUCAGAAAUACCAGAAGAAUCGACAAUCUCCAAGACAAUUUUUAAGAUGCAGCUUAUUAUUAAAACCAACCAAUUGUGUUACUAAUCUAUUUAUAAUUUGUUUGCUGUUGCAAUUAUUCCAAGAUCUUCUCUCAUCCUUGGAAACUGUGUGAAACCAUCCCCCUAGAAAAAUUCCAGAACACGUCUCUGACGUCAGCUUGGUGAAUUGUGACCUUAUAUCUGACAUAUUGUUGUAUAUAACAAAAUAUUGUUGCACAUAACAAAACAUUGUUGUAUAUAGCAAAAUAUUGUUGUA